CUUGAAGAGAACUAUAUCCCGAGCGGAGAUCCUCCAGAGCACGAGUCUUCGUGCAGCGAACGUCGUGCUGCUCGAUUCCUCGUCAGCCAUCCACUUACCGCUCGUAUAUCUUCGUCGUCGACGUUGAUUACCCAUCUCGUGGCUCUUUACCGUGAAGAAGGCUGUAAAAACCGAAAACACUCGUCGUGUCGCCAAUCAAGCGCCGUAUCUUAAAUACAAAGUCGACGGGAAGGAAGUCAUAGCCUAUCGAGCAGCCAGGCAACAAAGGUCCCCAGGACCUGUCUCACCGCGGGUGCUUUUCACACAGAAUCUCCAGCAUACUGGAAGAAUACCGAGCCGAUCAAAGAAGGCGAUAGAUUCGUCAGAAUGCGUAAUUCAAGCACGCAGCAGAUUCUCAAAGACGAGGAAUGCUUCGAGAUAAUCCGCAAGAGGCUUCACAGGGACUCCAUGGAGGAUUUCUCGUUGAUCACCUAUGAGGUUAUACCUAUAGACGAGGUGAACGGCUUUAUGGGCCAGUACUUUACCUUGAAGGCGACUGUGGCUUCACCUCAGUCGCCAUUGGAGACUAAGAGCAUCAAAUUCUUCACGAAACUGCCACCCCCGGCGACUAGUCCUCAGUAUGAUUUUAUGCAGCAGUAUGGCAGCUUCAGGAAAGAGGUCGCUCUGUACACCACCGUCUUCCCAGAGGUGCUGAAUGGUUUGGAUAAAAGGUACAUCCCCGAGUGCUUCCUCGGGCUAGAGGAUGACGUGAUCGUCUUGGAAGACAUGGCUCAUAAUGGCUACGAGAUGCCUAAUAAGUUCAAGCCGUUUGACUUUCAGCAUUGCAAGAUCCUCAUGAAGACUCUCGCGAGGUUCCACGCGAAGUCUCUCGUUUUCGAAGAGCUGUAUAAGAAGAGUCUGCAUGACGAGUUCCCUCACUGCCUGCAGGAGACACUCUGGCCUCUGAAAGAUGGCCGUGCUAAGGCUAUGUUCGACGCUGCUGUAAAGGGCAUCGUUUCGUUGAUAGACUUGAUGCCGGACUUGGACGAGGAUCAGAGGAAGACGUUUACUACGAAGGUUAUCGACUUGUGCGUCGAUCAUGCGAACAAGUUGCUGCCGUCCAAGAGACACAAGAAUGUGUUAUGCCACGGAGACUUAUGGGCGAAUAACAUCUUGUUUAAGUAUGGCGCGGAUCAGAAGCCUGUCGAGUGUUGCCUCAUCGAUUUCCAACUUGCCAGAUACAAUCCACCAGCACACGACAUUCUCUGCUUCCUCCAAUUCACGACAACCCGACAGCUACGAGACGAGCACAGCGAAGAACUGUUCGAGAUCUACCACGAAUCGAUGACUGAGGCUCUACACGAAGCUGGCCUAGACAUCUCCACGGUCUUCCCCUGGAACGACUUCCUCGAAUCCAUCAAAGACCUACGACUCAUGUGUAUCAUGCAUGGAGUAUUGAACAUACCUAUUAUGUUAAUAGAAUCUAGCGCUGCCAGCAAGUACUUCUCUAACGAGCCAGAGCUCCUCGAGAACAUCCUCUACGUGGACAGGACAUCUCUGCUCUGCGAACAAAUGAAGGACGUACCCGAAUACAGGGACAGGAUGAUGGAUGCCCUGCUGGAAUUAUACGACCACGUAGCUGGUUAACGAAACGAAUUCGAUUGGAUCGAAUCGAUGCAUCGGACAUUAGGAAUCCUUUUCACUGUAGGUAUCAGAGACGCAACGCACAGAGACUAGUCGCUAACUUGGAAAGUAGGCGGCGAGCACAGAUAACCACCGAGUGAAAAAUUGAUACUGUAUUGAUCACAUGUAUUGGUCAAUUGGUACAUCACCCAACAGUGCAUCACCAUUCGAGAAAAAUCCUAUCGACACGUGUCAUCCUAUUGUUCUCGACGCUUUAGCAAAACAAAAUGGCGGUUUCUCCGCACAGCUUUACCUUGGAAUUAGCUUCAUUUAUCACAGUCUUUCAUGAGAUUCUAUUUAUAGUCAUACGAGGAACAUUAGACGAGUUGUUUGUUAAUCUAAUAGUACUUACUCUAUCUUAUGAGGGUAGAUAGACAGACUAGGUGUCUGCGAUUAGGAUGUUUCAUGAAUUUUCGCUGAUGCUCGUCGUGAAGGAAUCAUGGAUUAUUUUUAAUUGUAAAUUUGUAAAAUGGUCUUUGUAAAAUUGGUCUUUGAGGAUAAUUAAUAGUUUACAGAUUUAAUAAGUAGAUUAUAGGUAACGAAUUAUUCAUUGUUAAGUAAAAAUAGCUCGAGCCAAAGAUGUUUGGUGGAGGGAUGAAUUUUGGGUUGUAAGUAUUAUGACUGUAAGAUUAGUUGAUAAGAAGAGUUAUUUCAUUGUUACUAAAAUAAAUAAAGUAUGU